AUGAACGCAAUGAAAGAUAAGUUGAACGCAAAGUCGCAGUACACGUUUGAAUCAUCUGAAAAAAAGAGCAAGAGCCGUUCACUGACUAUCGAAGAUAAUCACACGUACAAAAGAUUAGAAGGAUUGGUGAAUAAACUGAAAGAUAAAGCAUUAAGCGGCAUGGAGAACAAAAUGCUCUGGUGGGAUCUGGUUUGUGAGGUUGAGCAGCUGGUGGAUGCUGGAGAAGAGGUUGCAUCGUCAUGCCGCUUGUGCCAUAUAAAACUUUCAAUCGGUCAAAGACAGAAAGUUCGAUACCAGUUGAAGCACGUGAGGCAGUUGUUAUUUGCGUACCAAGAGUGCAUGCAGAGGGUUGCUUCUUUGGAUGUUGACUAUACCGAAUAUCUUGAUCAGGUCUCAGUUCUCCUUAUCAACACGAUCAACCAUUUGAUGAAACAAGUAGAAAUUAUGACACAAAUUUUCAACAUGUCACCAGGGUUGUUUAGCAACAACAACAAUUUCCGCGCGAACUUCACAUCAUUGCAAAACUGUUGCGAACAGUUGGCAACUAAGACUUCAAUCGAGCCAAGCUAUAUGAAAUGGCAGAACUGUGUUUUUUUAAUGUUCAUAAUUAUUCACAAAUCUUUUAAAUCACUAUUUUUGUUAGUUGAUGCUUCAGAUGUGGCGAACGUCAAUCUUCUCAGUGAUUGGACAAAAACUGAUGACAUCAUCAGACAACUCUGCAAUCAUAUUGAUGAAAAAAUAUUUGAACUGAAGUACAGUUUAGACGAGGAAACUGAUGAUGGUACUUCAAAUUUGGUGUCUGCCGAGAAAAUUGUAGCGGAAAAACUGAUGCUUAAAAAAGGAUGGACUGAAAAAUUGGAAAAAAUAAAAGCCCUUCUCAACGUUUACAAGUACCACUCAACAACAUUUUUACCGUUGCCUCCGCCUGGUUCACCAUCCCAAUCUCUGUUGACCAUCUCUGCAGAUCCACCACCUCAAUCGUCAUCAUUUUGCUACCCCUUCGACGAAGAUACUUUCAAGUUGACAACUUUAAUUUGUGAAAUUCUUCUCUCAAAAUGCGACAGGCUGAUGCUGAACGAUGUCGAUAAGAAGUACAACGGGGAAUACAUGUGUCCAACAUUACCAGAAGCUGAAAACAACGACACAGCUUCUACUCAUCACAUUAGUACGGCAGAAGCAAGUAAAAAUAAAAACGAAGUACUGGAGCUGCUGGCUGAUAUGAAGCUCAAUGUCAACAAAUUUAUCAAUGAUAUGAGGUCAGCAGGAGAGGAUAAAGUUGAACCCGAACUGAUCGUUUGGCUUGAUCAAAUGGUAAACAAAGACAUGAAAAUACUGGACAACAGUUUCACUGACAUGUCCUUUCGAAAUGAAAGUACAACAGAAGUCAACAACGGAAGAAGCAUGAACAAGUAA